GCAAUUAUGCUUGCCAAGCUGCAGGAGCAUUAAACAGCUCUUUCCCACUUCUUCUGGGUUUUGCUGCCUUUCCAUGCAUUCCUAUCCUGUUUAGAGCUGGGCCUCUUUUACUUUUUAAUUGUAGUGUGCAUGGUUCAUAGGAUAUUAGAAAAAAAAUAUGUUGGAGAUUCACUGUGAGGCAUGGCUAUUUUUGUUAGAAGCUAAUACUUUAGACUGAGCUUUUAGUGUUGUCUCUGGAAAGCCUUAGGUGGCUGUGGGAGGGCAGGAGACUGCAGAGGAAACAGAAAGUUCAGAGGAACACAAAAGAAGAAGGAACAGAAUUACAAAAAGCAGAGGACCUCCCUCCUCCACCUUCUGCAGGUCCUGCAAGAGCCAACAACACAGAAGUAUUAUCUAAGCUGCCACAGUAGAUCUUGACCUUUUUAACAGAGUAUCUCUUAUCAUCAUGGCCGAGAUUACAGCAGAAGGACAUAUGUCUACAACCACAACAAUAAUAGAUGGUAAGAACGGAUCUGUUCCCUCAUCAUCCAUGAAAGUGGGCAAGAAAUCAGUUACAGAAGACCUCGUGACAACAUUCAGCUCACCAGCAGCAUGGAUUCUUGUUGUUGCUCUUAUCGUUACCUGGUCAGCAGUAGCUAUUGUAGUGUUUGACUUGGUGGAUUACAAAAACCUUGCAGCCACCUAUUCAGAACAUUGUGAUGAUCCCUGUUUACCACCUGGAAAGUCUGUUAACAAGCUCAGCACAGAACCACUGAGAAUCAUUCAUGAGACACUGGAAGAAUCCACUGAUUGGCUUUAUGGCUUUAUUUCUUUUCUGUCUGACAUCGUAUGGAGUGAUGAUGAUGAUGACAGUGAUGAAGGUGAAGUGGAAUCUUCCCUGAAAAAAGAAAUCCAUAAACCAAAACCAGAGAAACAUGAAAAAAGAGCACCACUGAAGGUAAUUCAUAGAGACAAACCUGAAAAGCAAGCAAAAACUGAGAGGAAGGAACCCCUAAAGGUGUCACAGAAAGACAAACUGGAAAGACAAGAAAAACCUGAAAAAAAGGAAAGGCAUGCAGCUGUUCACAAAGAGAAACCUGAAAAGCCAGAAAAAUAUGAAAAGAAGGCACCUGCUAAAGUAAUUCAAAAAGACAAACCUGAAAGACAUGAAAAAACUGAAAAGAAACCUCCUCCCAAAGAGGAGAAGAAAGUAAAGAGCGGUAAAGUGGAAGCAAAAGUUAAAAAAGAAGUGAAGGAUGGAAAAGAAGAAGCAAAGAUGACUGAGAAGAUCAAGCAGGCAGAGACUAAAACAACAGAAGUUGGGCUAAUAAAGGCCAAACCGAAAGUUAAGGAGGAAAAAGCUCUUCAGACUGUAACUAAAUCGGAAAAGAAAGAUCAAUAUGCAUUCUGUCGUUAUGUGAUUGACAUGUUUGCGCAAGGGGAUUUUUAUCCAGGUGGAGGACAUAAGGAAAUGAUACCACCUCGUCUUCUUCUAGAACAUAGUCCAAGAAAGAAACCAGAAGCUAUCGAAGAAGAAAAGUCUAUUGUGGUAGCUAGAGAAGUGAAAAAGAGAAAUGAAGAAAAGAAAAGGACUGAUAUAAAGAGGGCUUCAACUGGAAUUAAGAAGAAAGAAAAAGAAGGAAAAAAAGAGAAAACUGAUGAGAAGACAGCUGUCUCUGAAAUUAAAAAAGCAGAUAAAAAAGAAGCUGUGGUGUCCAAAGAAGUCAAAAACCCAGAAAAAACUCCUGCAGCCAAACCAGCAGCCAAAAAGGCAGUAGCACCAGAACUACACAAGAGAGAAAAAAUGAUUCAAAGUGCCAAAACAGCAAAGAAAGAAGUAAAAAUACAUGCAUCUAUGGAAACUCUAAAGUCAAAAGCAGUACCUGAAAAGAAGGAAGAAAAAGCAAGGAAGGGAGCAGAGCAAGAUAAACCAAAGACGAAACAAGGAAAUCCUGGAAAAGAGAAAGAAUUGAAAUCUCCAGCUGCUGCUAAAAAUAAAGAACAUGCUAAGGAAGAAGGAAAGAAUCCUACCUCUUCAAAAGAUAAAGAUUCUAUGAAAGGAAAAAAUCCUAAGAAUCCAGAGGGAUCAAAAGAAAAAGAGACUGGUAAAAGAAAAGAUGUGAAGCCUCCAGCAUCCUUAAAGGAAAAGGACUCUUCAAAAGGAAAAGAAAUUAAGACUUCAGAUACAACUAAGGAAAAAGCUGCGGUGAAAAAGGAGGGAGAUAAGAAAGCUACCUCAGAAAAACCUCACAAAAACAAAAAUGAACGUGUUAAACAUGAAAAAGCUGUUUCCCAGACUAAGCCAGAGGAGAAAAUUAAACAACAAAGGACAACUCACACAGAAAAGUCAGAGCAUGAAGCAGUCAGACAUGAAAAAGAUGUUCCACCUGCAAAAUCAGUCAAACUGAAAACCACUGCAAAGCCAGUGUAUGAAAUCCCAACAGCAGCUAUGAAAAAAACAAAGACAGCUAAAGAAAAAGAAGAAAAAACAAUUGAGAAGAAACAUAUGAAAGAUGAAAAAAGCAAAGGAGUCCCUCCAGUAAAAGAAGCUCCACGACAUCACAACCUGACAUCAGCUCCUGUCCGCUACUUUCAAUGUGUCUUCCUAAAUGGACCUAAUGGAUUUGGACUGCAAUUUCCCACUAAUCCCCCUUCAGACAAGGAAGAAACAAGUCACACAAAGACUUCCAAGAGAAAGACAAGAAAACCAGGGCAGUAGAGAGACAGAGUUCUGUUGUUGCUCACAUUUUGCACUUUAUCUUUUCUGUUGACAUCCACAGUAGUUACAGUGGUACUUGUCAUUGCAAGAAUGUGAUCCACUUGGACACAUGAACCUGGAAAGUUUCCAUGGGACAGAGGCAAAUCAAGCAGUAGUGAACUGUGUUGGACAAAGGUAGAAACGUAAAAGUGCCCCAUUUCUCAUAGAAAGGCUGCAAAGCUAACAAAACAUUGACCUGAUUGUGUGUGUGAGUGCAUGUGUGUAUUUUUCUGCCUCUUUUGCUCUUCUUGUUUUUCUUUACCUGCCUGCUUAGCAUUGAAGUGGGUCUGUUUUCCAUUUAAUCUUAUCUAGAGAGUGAAAGGUUGAAUGUAGCUCUUAUAUCAGCAAGAUUGCAAGACUACCUACAGUCCUAAAUCAUUUCUUCUUGAUGUUAAAUCAAGUUGCUGACAGGAAAAAAUCUCAGUAAGUCAUGAAAAUGUGCUCUGUGACUGGUGCUAUUUUUAUGUCUCAUUGACCUGUGUAGCCUGAAGCUCACACAUACAGAGCAGCUCAAUAUACUAUUAGUGAAUUGACUCUGCAAGUCAUGUUAAUGAUUAAUAUUUCUAUUUAACUUGAAGCAGUAAAAGUAUGGCCUGAUUGCCCUGCCUGUUGGUGAAAUACCAACUCUUCUCUCUGUAAAACCCAGAGAAAGUGAAACAACACAGCAAAGGUGAGGAAAUCCAAUGUUUUACCAACAUGGAGGUCCCAAGAAACAAAUUAAAUAAUUUUAGUACUCCUACUUUUCUUCUCUAGAUAAAUCAGAUUGACUUGCAACAAAGACCAUGUAAAUGAAGAAUGUAUUAGGCAACAAUUUGCUAUUAGCAUGUCAGCUGAAAAGCUAUAAUGCGAGAUACCACUCAUUAAACUAAAGCAACAUAAAUUUCCAAUAGGUAAACAUGCCAAUUGGAUGCAAUGUCAAAUCACUGAACAAAACAAAGACAAAAACCAAAACCAAAACAAAACACCAAAAAAACCACAAAAAAUCACACAAAACAAAACAAACAAACAACAACAAUAAACCACAAAAAACAACAACAACACAAAAAAAACAACCAAGCAAAAACCAAACAAGCAGGCAAAAAAACCAAACCAACAAACAAAGAACAAACAAACAAAAAAACCCCAACAACAGCAAUCAGGAGCAUAUGAAAUAAUCCGGGGAGCUGUUUUUACUAGAUGAAAUUAAAUUACCUCCUCAGAACACCUUGCAGUUGGCAAUUUAUAGAUGAGAACUGGAAGUAGAUAAACCAAUCCUCAACCUUUUUUCAUCCAUUUCUGUAGAAAUAAUGGGUUUGUUGCCUUAAGAAGAAGAUAGGAUGGUAUUUGAUCCAUGUGAAGGCACAUGACUGAAAACCAACAUCUCAGUUGCCUGAAUGUCUGGCAAUGUCAGUAAUUAUGCAUUUUUGCAAGCUGCUGUAUGUUUGUUUAGUCUGUGAAAAGUACAGCAGUGAUCUUAGUUAUAUAGUUACAGGAUGAAGCCACAUGACGCUCUGUACAACCUAGCUACUCCUAGAGUUUGAUCACACCAGUAGCUGUAUACUGUUUUUUUAUUUUUAACAUAGUUCAAGAAAACAUCGGUCCCUUCCCCCACCCCUCUCCCUGGUGAUCCAUUCUUACCUCAAUCAAAUAAUUGACUCACAGGAGUUUUGGACAACUGAGUCUUUGGCAGAAUAGUGCAAUUCAGAAAGCUUAGCUGUUACACUGCUGGGUCAGGUUGGUAAGCUCUGAUUGCUGCUCAUGGCUUUAUGAUAACUGGGUUCUUGGUCUUAAUGUGCUCUCAUAUUGCACAGGUCCUGUGCUGCAACAACAGUCAUUGCAACAAGCAGUCUAUAUGGUGGUUCCUGGGAAGACAUAGGAACAGGUCCUGCCCUAGAAGCAACUCUUCCCACAUAGGAGCACACUGCAGAUAAAAGCAUUCAUAGUGACUGUGAAAUCUGCUCUGGAGAUAGAGCUGGCAACAGAACACUUCACUAUAAAAAUUGCAAUCUACUUUGCACAUUGGGCCUCUUUAUAUUUCCAGUGACUUUUUUUCCCUUCACAAUCUUGGAUAUUUUAUACAUUACUAUGGAUGUUAUUGCCCUAGGAUUUUACCAUGAAAACAGUUUUAAAAUGAGAUUAUAACUUUCUGAAAAUCAGUUAAUUUAAUUCAGUAUUUUAUCGAGUUCAAAUGAUCAGGAUAGAAUUUUAAUAUAAUAUAGGUCAUUAUUUUUUUUUUCAGCUUCUUUUGGCAAAAUAAUCUUUUUUCAUUAUAGUUAGCCUGAGUCCUUUCUUGCAAUUUGAGUUGGGAGAUGACAAGAAUAUGUUCCAGAUUUCAUUUCCACAAUGUUUCAAUUAGAUAUACGAAAUCUUUGGAAAUACAAACAAUACUAUCACUGAAUAAAUUAUAUAAAAUCAGUAAUAUAUUGUUGUUUCCUAAUCUCAGUCACUGUCUCAAAGAACAGGAGAAACAGGUCCACUCUCAAAGUGGCAAGCAUUUUUCAUUUUAAAUUCAGCUGGAAACUAAAAAUAUUACUUGAAUUGUAUGGUUUUACUCAAAUUAGUCUGAAAUAUUGCAAAGUCAUGUGCUGAUUAUUAUUCAUUUUGGGAAAAAAAAAAUGUUGUUCCAGUUGCUGUGAUAUGUUUUAAGAUGGAUCCAUCCAAAAGAGAACAAGGGUUUAUAUAUAUAUAUAUAUAAAAUUUCUAUCCCUGCAAAGUUAUACAAAUCUUCUGAAUAUAAAAACACAUUUCUUGCAAUUAGACUGGAAACAUGUAUCAAUAGGCAUUGCAGUUAUUCCACAUGAGUGUUUUUGCACUGAAGAGGAACCACCAUGUACCAGCCAUAAUUGCCUGAGUCUGGAGUGAAAGAGUGAAAUUGAGGUUGGGAGAACAGGGAAGAAAGGUGUUGUUUUCAUAUUUGUUUUUUCUGUUUCCCAAUAUCAAAAUCAGCAAUUACAAUUUUAUAUUAAUUUUCCCUGAGUCUGCUUUGUCUACAACAGUAAUUAGUCAACCUGCCAGUUUUUAUUUUGUCCCCCUGAGGUUACAAGUGAGUGGCUGGAUGGGGAGUUUGGCUGUGAGCCAAGGCAAACCCAACACAACUGGUUGUUACACAGAUCCUAUACACUUUUUACUAAAUGGCAAAAAAAAAUAUGUUUCUCUCACAUGAAGGGUCUCCACUUAGAACACAAGACAGAACAUAUAUAACUUGUCCAUUGCCACAAAAUUUAUCUCAUGGAUCACCAACUCCAGAACUACACUGCUAGGGUUUUUAUAAACAGCCAUUUGCUACUUACUAUAGUCUAGUGCAGAUGCCAAAUUCCCUGCAGAAAUACCCUACAAUACUUUACUUUAAUCCAACAUAAUACUAGAAGUGAAGUAAACACAGUUGCAGAGUGCUGUCUUUAUCUGCCAGGACAAAAGCACCCAGGAGAGCAGCUGAAAGGUUCUUCCCUUUCCUAUCUUACUUAAUGCUUUGCUUCCACUUCAGAAUCCUCCUCUAUAAUCCACACAGUAUAGUGAGAAAUGAGUGAAAGAUUUACUCCCAUGGGAAGAAUACUGGUUGUUUAAGCUGCUUCAGACUUAAGACAUUUAACUUCCAGUUGCCCAUGGUUACAUGCCAUCAGAAGUACUUCUUUCCAAGGAUUCAAGAUCUUGGAAUCCAAGAACAAAAGUAAAAGGAUAGCAUGAAUAGUAGCGGGAGAAAGACAAAGUGAACGUGUGAGGGGCUGGUAACUGACAAAACAAGAGUAAAUAUCAAAUGCUUAUGAGGGCUUCUAGGCAGGAACUAUGCAUUAAAGAAGAUCAGCUAAAGAUUCAGCUUUGAGAAAGUGAUAUUUCUGCCACCCUUUAGUUCUCCAGAAGGAAGAAACACAAAGACAAGUGGAAAUACGAACCAUGUAUUAUUUAUACACCUGAAAAGGUCACUAGGUAUCUAGCUUUAAUACCAUCCAUUUAUCCUGAGUGAAGUUCUGUGGGCAAAGCUUCCUUACACAGAGUGUAUCUCUCAAUGCAGAAUUCUUAGCCUUUCAAUUAAACAAUGAAAUAACAUGAUAUUUUGUGGUUUUUUUCCUCUUGUAUUAAUUUCUGUGUAUAAUUGUUGCUUGUGAUUAAUUCUCUGCAUAACAAUCUGUUCUGCAGUACUCGCAUCUCAAGAACUGUGUUAGUUGUUGCUGUAACUUCUUAAGAGUUUUCUUCUGUUUUCGGUCUUGUCUAUUAUUAUGAUAGAAAUGAGUAGCAUUUUUAGAACACAAUUUUAUUUUUCCUCAUCCAAAAUCCCAGCCACUUAAUUUACUCCAUGAUGCUUCCUUUUGGAAAAUUAUUGAAAAAAAAAAAAAAGCACUUUCCCAAUAUCAGUUUUGUCAUGUACAGAGGAAAAGGAAAAUCAGUUUUCCCAAUGCUCACUAUAUCUGUUUACAAUUUUAGGCCUGUUUCUUCACAUGAGUUGCUUAUUCUCAAAGGGAAAAAAAUAUAUCCUUACUCAAGUGACUGUUCCUUUUUGCUUUGUUCUUCUGUUAAGUGAUUUCAUUUUCUAUAGAUGAAAGGAUACUCUGCCCAUAGGGAAGCUUCUUUCCAGAUUUGUUUCUACCUGAAAACUUCUCUUAACUUUCUCACAGAAUAUCUAAUGGUAAUAAGCAUGCCCACAACCUAAACCUUUGGAAUGUGUCUCAGUCAUCUAGGGGAAAGUGUAUUAGGUAAUACUGUCUGGUGUCUGAACAAGCGUAUCACUGAACAUGGUUAGUAGCAGAGGUAAUAAGCAGCUUCUUCUUGAUAAGUUUAAUAUAUUUGCUUUUAUAAUUCUAAAGUUUUCUCAUUUUUUCUGCUAAAUUUUGCUCAGAAAUACAUGUAUUUUCCCAUGCUAAGCUCCAGCUAGUAGCAAAAGCAAACAUUCUUUGAAACCAAAUCAUCAAACUGAAAAACUGUAAUGAUGGUAAAGGCUAAUCAGAAACACUUAGUCAGAUGCUUCUUUUAUUCUGCAAAGGGACAUUACAAAAUUAAGAUCUCCUUGGUUUGGGAUCUAUCAAACAAAUGGGAAAAUAAAGGUGCGGACAUAAACAAUCCAACAUACUUUCCAGCUGAAUGAAAAAGAUAUAAAUGCACAUUUAUUGUGCAACCCACCUUCUGUGCUUUAUUUUUCUUUCAGAAGAGCAAAGCAAAGAAAGAGUCUUGAGUACCAGGCUUUAAAAUUAGAGGUUAGCUUUAGAAUUUUAAAAAAGAGAAGGCAACAUGAAGACAGUUUGAUGAGAACCUUCGGUGUGCUUCUCUAAACAUUGUAUCUUCCUGUCAAAGUGAUGCGGUCACCCUUUUGCAAAACAACCGAGUCUCUUUGUUCUGUCCUUGAUCUUGAUGUGAGUGGUUGUAAGUCUGGCUUGUGAAAAACUGAAUAAAUCACUAUUACUUGGCAAAUUUUUUAGAGCCUGGAAGCCAUGAAAGUGUUCUGCUGACAUAUAUAUAUUUAUAGAUGUGAAUAUAUACAUAUAGGUCUACUAUACUUGUAUACCCACCAUGGAGAUUUCAAUUGGAAUGACAAUAUGUUCUCUGAUAAAUCAGAUUAGUAAAAUAAAACAAGGAAAUUGGAGCAGUGAUUCAAGUAACAUUAACUGUUCUUUUAAAAUUCACGACAAAUGUAAAAAAAAUAAUAAUACAGAAGUGGAAGAUAAAAACUAAUUAAUAUAUCUGCUUUUCUUAGAACAUUUUAAGACCCUAACAGUUCAAAUCAGGCAGAUCUUCCUUUUUAGUUAAUUUUCAAUAGUGUUUUCCAAUUAAUGUCUUGCCAACUUAUUUAUUAUCUUUGAGCACAAGUGAUAGAAGCUAAUAGAAUUCUACAGACUUUAAGGACAUUUGAAUCCAUCCCUGAAUCCACUUUUUUAACUGAUUGAUCAUUUAGCUAAUGAUUUUGGAAGCUUCCCAAAAAAAAGCAGGAGAGAAAAUAAAGUACCAAAGCAUUUUUUCACAUAUUCAUUUUCAAAACAAAAACAGAAAAAGCACUUGGAGAAUUAAUAACAAUGACAGCAAGGUUAUUAAAUGCUAAAUGUCAUGAAAAUUAAACACCUGGGUGCUUCAGCUUCCAGGAAAUAAAAACAUGCAUGCCUCUAGUUUUCCUAAAACCUAAUGAUUUAGGGAAAAAAUAGUCUAACAUUUCAGUUUAUAGCUAUGCUGUUGAUGUUCUAUAGUCUUAGUGGGUUAGAAUCAGUGAGAAUGAAAUAUCUUUGUAAUCAAAGACAGAAAUAUUGUAAAAUUAAUGCAGGUAUGGGAUACCAAUUCACAUUUUUCAUAGGGAUAUUUUACAGAUUAAUCUGCUUGUGAGCAGUUUUAUCAUGGACAGUAGUAAUUGGCACACUGCAAUGAAAGGUUUUCUGCAAUUUAGUUGACACCAUAAAUUAUCUGAAAAAAAAAAUGCAACAAUAGAGCAGUUGAGGUUUGAGUAUGGCCCCAUAUGACAACUUUAACCCUUCAUGUUGAGACCAUUACCAUGAAGGGCUUCUAUUGCAUGCAACUAUUGUCAGUUGUUUUUUUCCAAAAAUGCUUUUGUUUAGAUAUAUGUGUAUUUUUAGAGUGUUAAAAUAAAUAUCUAAUAUUUGUUCUCUAGCACUAAUAUGCUGUAAAAAUAAAACAACUGUCUAAGAUGCAAAGACUUCGUUUUAGUAAGAAACUCAGUGUUUUAGACUUGUAAUGGAACUAACAGUAUAAGCAAAUUUUGUAUUUCAUUUUUAAUUUGGCCAUUUCUUUCAUUUUUUUCUCAUAUGAAUGCCUUAACCAAAACUUCUAAGUGAAAGAAAAUUAUUUAAAUUCAAUUGGAAAGAUAUUUGGUACUUAGUAAAAAAUCACUGAGUAAUACGAGGGAAGACCUUUAGUAUUUUCAUAUACUACAUAUACAAAACUAUUUCUUUAAAAUAGCGGUUGACAACUAAAUCACAUGACAUAGAUGCUGUCUUCUGACAUGUUAGCAAUGAAUGCUUUUCACACUAUGAAUGACUUCUUACCUGUUGAUGGCACAAAUACCAGUUACUUGAAAUGUACAUUUAGUGGAACUACAUUAUAUUAGCAAUCUGAGGACAUAAAUUUCACAUGCAAAGACUGAUGAGAAGAAACGUCUGUGUGUGUUUGGAUGCAGCAAGGCUCCACAGGCUGCACCUGUGUUCCUAUGGAUAUGCAUAUGCAGAGCUAACCCCAUUCCCUCAGCAUAUCCAUAAAUUCAUGGAAUUUAAAGCUCAAACAGGCCCUUUUAUUUCAUCCUGUGGCCUUUAUUUAUAUAAAGUCCAAUAACUCAAGCUGGAAUAAAGCAGAACUGUUUAAAAACCAUUUUGGACAAGCUAAUAAAAAGUUUGUAGAUUGAGCACUCUCUUUUCCCCAUGCUGUUGGUAUUUAUAAGAGGUCUCAGUAUCCAGUGCUACCCUAUCUUAUCUUUUCAAAACACAAUUACAGUCAUUUUAAUAAUGGUUUACAUUAGUGUUCUCCCAUUGACACUGAUGAAGCUAUAACAAUUUAUUGCUCAAAAUUGGAUUUUGCCUACUGUGAAGACCCAGAUGAGGCAGAGAUCUGAACAAAUAAUUUCACUGUGGAUCAUUGAUGAAGCUAAACCCAUUAUUGUUGUAUUUGACAAAAUCAGAUUUCUACUACCACAAGGCACAGAUUCAAAUAUACCCCAUCACUGGUGUUCUCCAGUAGAGGAAAAAGUGGAACAACCUGUAAUGUUUUUCAUUUUAGAGCACUGAGAUGUUUACCUAGGACAACAGCUUAGAUUAUAUUAAAUGUGAACAUUUGUACAUCUAAUGUUUGUACAUUAACUGGAAAAAGAUUCUAAAGUUUAGAACCAGACUUUCUCUUAUUGGAAAUCCUUACGAAGUAUCUAUAUUAGUGGCUGCUUUAAGAAUGUAAUUUUAGGCUUGUGAGAAACAGGUCUGGGAACAAACUAUUGAGUGGAAAAUCACACACAUGAUUGUGCAUACACACGAUGGGCAACUGAGAUAGUGGGAUUUUUGCUUACUGAGGAAGACCUUCCUUUAUUCCUUCCCUCUCCAGCUGAGAGGAGAGACCAGACCUGCAAGGAACUGGCCACCCCAGGAAGAAAUGAGAAGCAGGACAGUGAAAGCAGAUGAGAACAAAGUCAAAGCUUGAGACACAUUGAGUCCCUGUGUUACUUGGAGGUUACGGAACUCAAGAAACUCUAAGGGCUACAGAGUUAAAUUUUUGUAUCCUUGACAAUUUUCUGUUCUUUGCUGGUACAAUACUAUUUUGCAACUAUUUCUGAGGAGCUAGCUUUGAAUGUACAGUGUUCAUGUUCAGUUUUAUGAACAGGAAAUUCAAUUCAUUUCCCUUGCAAACCACUACCAGGCUGUGUCUACUUUUGGUUGAUUAUUUUUUGAUAAUAGCUUUGAUGAAUAUCAGUACCUGCUCAAAUCAAUUGGCCUAGCCAACAUAAAUCUGCAGUUAAGCAGCUGAAGUUGCUGACUGUCUAAGAAAUCAUCAUUCUCUCUUCCUUCUUUCUCUGUGUCUGGGCAAGCAACCACACACACCAAGCUGUCUGUACCAUCUUCUGCUGGUGGACAAACACCACUCCAAACUACUAGGACUGUCAGUUAUGCUGGGGAAAUAAAAAUUGUUUCUCUCUGGUGUGAUCCCAGUGUGUCUAGUAACCACGAGACAAAGAGGGCUUGCUUCUGUUAAUGUGUUAGAAGCUUUGACAUUUGCUGGGGACCAAACUGCUCUCAUCUUCCAGGAAAGUAAUUACCUCACCCACCAGACAAGGCCCUAAAAAUAUUUAUAUAGAUGGUGCUCAUCGUGUGCGUGAAGACCGAAAGUUAUUUGUUUCAUGAAUUUGUCAGAGCCAGGGUAAUUAUCCCCAGCUCUUGCCAACCAAGACACCAGGGCAGAAUGCUCCUGAACUCCUCUGGGCUGGAUGCUCUGUUAGUUGUCAUUAUUAAUAACCAUCAUUUGCCAUAUAUUUGCAUAGGGCUUGGAAUACAACAUGAACCAUAACAUCUUAAUAAGAUAUAUUAGUAUUUAUAUACUAUGAUAAUGACAAGUCAGCAAAAAAGUCCUCUAGUCUUUACCUGCCGUAAGACCAAUGUAUAUGACUGUGUUAAAACUUGUCUGAAUCUGAAAACUGACAAAAGAAAAACAGUCACUACCAAGCUAGUCUAAUUUAAAAAAAUUAAAAUGUGUGGAAUUACACAAAAAGUAUAAUGAGUUCUACCCCCUUGUCCAAUUUCAAUGGCAAUAAUUUAUAUUAUACCCUGGCAGGUACAAACAAAGCAGGCCCCAGAUCUCAUCACUAUGCUUUACAGAAAGCCAACAACUCAUACCAAAGUUAAUUAAUUUUGCUCUUUUCUGCUCCUUUAAUAUGUCCAAAGGCAUCUCCAGAUGUUUAAAAUUUUUCCCGUUGGAACAAAUGUUAGAUAAUGCUUCUGUUCUCUUUGUUAAACAAAAAAAAAAUAAUCACUAAUAUCCCAUGAGACAAUUAAGUAGCUUCUAUCUAAAACCUUUUCCCUUCCCAUAGCUCCUGCCCUAGCCUUCCACAAGAUUCUAUGACACAACAUUUGUUCCAUUACCUGCUUGUUCCAGUCACUCAUGAUGGAACUGAAAAUAGCUGGGUUUUUAUCCAUUACGUUUUCUUGCAAGCCACAACCAUGGCAUAAUGCUUCUGCUUUUGUGCUUUACAAAAGUAUAAUCUCAAAUACAAUACUAGCAACUCCCUACGUGCAAAAAAUAUUAAUAUAUAAUAGAACAUUUUAUCUGCAGAGUAGGCAUCAUCUCAUUUGGUCUAUGUGGUGCAGUACUUCAACAAAUGGGAUUCUGAUAACUGACUAAAAUUCCGAUGUGCAAGGAUAAAAAGAAGAAAAUGUGAAUACUCCUCUCACUGCAGAAAUAGAGAUAGGAUUAGAUUCUCUGUCCAUGCUCCAACUAUUAGGGGAAAAAAAAAUCCUCAAGGGUUUUGAUUAAACAUUAGAUACCAUUUUCUGGUGGUAAACACAGUCAGUGGAAAACUGGUAGACUUCACAGAAUUUUCAGAACUUUAAAAAAAAUAUUAGAUAAGCAUGUGUCAGGAGUGACACCACUAUAACUGAUCCUGCCUAGGGACAAAGAUGAUCACCUUACAAUGUCCGUUCUAGCCCUAUGUGCUGUGACUGAGUUGGUCUAUAUCCUUAACAUUUUUCUUGGUGUAGCAUUAAAUUCUGAAAUGUCAAGAAAGCAUAUGCUCUUCCAAAGUUAACCAACUUCCAAACAGCAUUUCAGGUUCUUUCGUCAAAACAGUUUCAUUCUGACAUUCAAUACAAUGGCAUUUUUUCAAAUAUCUUUGAAAACAGUGGGCUACAUUCUACUUACUUCUGGUCAUUCAGACCUCAUUUCAGUAGUAAAACCUUUGUGAAUCCCAGUAACACGACUGGUCUUGUGGGAACAUUGAGUAGCACCAACAUCUAGAAAUUAAAUCCUGUAGCCGGACCAGCUUCUGCAUGUGAUGCUGUCCUAAUUUGUAGACCCAGAGACGAAUGAGAAAAAAAUAAAAAUAAAAAU